AUGGAUAGCUUGCGCUGCACCACCCACAGCUCCAACCACACACCCCAUAUCCAGUGUAAACCAGAAGGAAUAACACCGGGAGGUAUGUGGAUGGGAACUACGUUUCAUCAACGGAGUCGGCCCACACUUCUUCACAGGCAAACACAAGCACGCUGUAUUUGGGAAAUCAAUCGCACACAAGGCGGCGGCUGGACCGUAGUCCGCUCCACACUGGGUGCAUGGAAUCACUCUUUGAUCCUAACACGGCCACAAGAGCCGUGCACCCCGUCCCCUCCAGCAAGGACGAACUGUGUUCUAGAGCCA